AUGAGAUUAUUAAAAUAUCCUCUGGAUAUCCAUAAUAAACAAGUGAAUGCCUUGGCCGCCCUGGGUCCCUAUAUUAUAUUAGUUAGCAACGAUGGUCACGUGAUGGCAUGGAAGCAACAACAACUAAUCGAUACUGCAUUCGAUAAGGUAAUGAUCAAGGAUCUAAAGCCUGAAGUUUCUUUCAAGGUGAACCAGGACUCUGCCGGCGAUAUGUUUUUUUUAACAGGGGAUCUCGAAACAUUAUAUAUUGGAUCUGAACACCGUUUGUGGGGUUAUUCUGAUUGGCUUUGUAAAGAUACAAAUAGCAUCAAUCCUGUCGAGAAAAUGAAAAAUAAGCUCAUAUUCGAGUGUAAAUCUCCAAACACAAUAACAGAUGUAAAAUACGACAUAAACCUAGGUAUAAUAUUUGUUCUUUCAAGUAAUGAAAAUAAGAUUCUAUUGUUUCAUCAUAAAAGCUUUGAUAAGCUAUCAGAAAUACCUACUGACAAGAUGAGCAAACCUGUUACGGGAAUAGUAGAUUCAACUGGCCAGACAUUUACUGUUAUGACUUCAGAUAGGUCGAUUUUAGUCUAUCAAAUCAACAGUACGGGUACCCACAAACUUGUACAUAAAUUAACACAACAUGUACAAAUGUAUCCAUUACAUUAUAAAAUCUCAAUGUCUCCCCAGGCAGACAUACUACCGGUAAUAAAUUCGGUGAAAGGUGUACCGAAUAAUGCCACCAGUUGUACUACUUUGCUUGACAGGAACAACAAUUACAGAGUUACAAAAACCCUGGUAACACCUUCUUCGAAUGGUUGCAAAGUCCUCGUUUACUCUCCAGCAUUCUAUGAAAAACCUAAUAAGAAAAAAGGUACCACAGCACGUUAUAACUUAGUCGCUACUUCAGGAUCUACAGACGGUACUAUUUUAGUCUGGAACACGAAGAGAAUGAAACCUUUAUUCAAUGCACUGCAGGUUUCCUCCACUGCAAUAAAUGAUAUGUCUUGGUCACAAGAUGGUUUUACCUUGUUUGCCAUUUCAAACGAUGCGACAUUAUAUACAUUCGCAUUCCAGGAGAAGGAUCUAGGUGUAGCACUGCCUCAAAAGGAGAUCAAAUCUUUGCAAGAAUUAAACAAAAAGCUUCCAAAGCUUGAAGAACCACUGGUAGAACAAAUACCUAAAAAUCUUUCGGAAAAUGUCAAACUAGAAGAAUCUUCGAGCACAGCAUCUAUUCCAAACGACAUUAGUAGGUCGAUCACAGGGAAAAAACUGUCCAAAAAAAAAAAGACUAACAAUCAAAAUAAUAGCCUUAAAACCAUUCAGAGCACGUCAAUGGAAUUCAACACUCCUUCGUAUACUGUGCCGAGAGAUUUGAAAAGGAAACCAAAAGAAACAACUUCGAAUAACGUUGCCCUUGGCAGUAAAAAGCAGAAAAGAGAGUUACAACCAAUUGAUUUUUUGGAUACCAACCUGCUCCUUCCCAAUACUUCUUUUUCGAGGGUUAGACUUGCAACACCAAAGAUCAGAUCUGCAUUUAAAUACUCCCCAACCAACAAUCCAAACUUAGUUCUCGAUGUUAAAAAUGGUUCUGGAAAUGAACAAAGGCCAACAAUUGUAAAACUUACUUCAAAAGUACUCGAUGAGGAUCAAGUGUUGUUUCAAGAUUUUAUUCCUAAGCUGAUAACAAUCUGCACAGCCGGUGACACUUUUUGGUCUUUUUGUAGUGAAGAUGGAAGUGUUUACAUAUACUCUGAUUCCGGAAGAAAACUAUUAGCACCUCUGGUGUUAGGUGUCAGUAUUAGUUUUCUUGAAGCAUGUGGGAUGUAUCUGCUUUGCCUCACAAGUAUAGGUGAACUUUAUUGCUGGAAUGUAGAGCAGAAGAAAUUGGCAUUUCCCACUACUACUAUUUAUCCUUUGUUAAAUCCGACAUUACGGUACUCUGAUGAUAUAUUGACCAGAGCUGAAAAUAUAACACUCUGCUCUAUUACGAAAAAGGGCGUACCACUGGUUACCUUGAGUAAUGGCGAUGGCUACUUGUUCGAUAAGAACAUGGAAACAUGGCUUUUGGUUAGCGAUGGUUGGUGGGCUUAUGGUUCUCAAUACUGGGACACAACUAACACUACUGGGCUGUCUUCUAGUAAAACGAAUGCAGAUACUUCUGGUAGCAAUGAAACUAAUAUAAAUGAAAUAGUUAGCGAUAUUAAGAAUGAUAAUCAAAGCAUCAUUAAUUUUUUGGAACGUAGGACAAAUGAUGAACUUAAUAGAAAAGGUAGAAUAAAGAACUUACAAAGAUUUGCUAGGACAAUCUUAAUGAAAGAAGGGUUUGAAAACAUGGAAGAGAUCGUAACUUUAUCCCACUUGGAAAACAAAAUUUUAAUAAGUAUCAGGUUAGAGGAGUCGGAGGAAUUUUCAAAAUUGAUGAUGGUUUAUUGUAUCCGUCUGAGUGAAUUGGCGUAUAUGGAUCGUUUAGAUGAUGUUUUCCAAUGGUUAUAUAACGAUAUCUCCGUCAGUAGUACCGACUCAACGUUUGCUGAAAAGGAUUUUAGGAUGAACCUUCUAAAGAAGAUACUAAUUGCAUGCGGUGAUAUCAGACAGGUUCAAAGAGUUACUACACGUUACGCCAAGGAAAUGAACAUAAUAUCUUAG